ACAAACCUCUAUUAGCAACACUGUGGUCACUGACGGCUUCGAGACUGGAUGCUGCUGGAUUCCAAUCCAAGUGCAAAUCAAUCAUGGCGGCGCCCAUGUUUGUGUGGCGGUUGAGUACGCGACGCUCUAUUUGUCCUCUUUUUCCUGCUCAAAAUAUAUCAUGGUGCCGUAUCAAUGUUCUGAAAGGAUUUUGCAAUGACUCUAGCGGAAGCAAGGUGACACACAAGAUAAACAUUUUGCAGGUUGCAGAAUCUGACAACACAUUUUCUGGCCACAUACCAACAAAACGACUACAAAUUAGUCACUGUAGAAGCAGCGGCCCUGGUGGACAGAAUGUGAACAAAGUCAACUCAAAGGUAGAGGUUCGCUUUCACGUGAACUCGGCGGACUGGAUACCGGAGCCCUGCAGAGAAAAAAUGCUGCAAAUGUACAAACACAUGAUCAACAAAGAGGGCCACAUGAUCCUGACAUCCGACAGCACACGGAGCCAGUCCCUGAACACAGCUGAAUGCAUGGAGCGGUUACGAACGUUAGUCCAAGAAGCCUGUAAGCCACCACCUGAAGUCAGCCCUGAGACGUUGCUCAGGAUUCAAGCAAGGAAGGCACGAGCGGCAGUGAGGAGGGUGGAGGAAAAACGACGGCAAUCCCAGCAGAAGAGACUACGUCAGCCAUCUGUUGACAUCUAGUCACACUUCAUACUUCCAUAUAUACAUUUCAUAUAGGGAUGCUUUGUGUACAUAAUGAGAAAAUUGAUAUAGGUAUAAUAAAAUUGUUCCACACUUCA